CAGGUUGAUAACGGUAUUAUGGCUGACAAGUCGUGAGUACGGUGGGUGGAACGGACAGGGGAAUUAUUGUACAUAUCGGGGUGUUUCCUUGCUAUGGAUGAUCAAGAAUUCUUGGAUAAAUUAAAAACUGUUUUCAAUGUCUGUGACGAGGAUGAUGAUGGAUUAAUUGCCGUGGACCAUUUUGAGAAGUUAGCGGUGGAACAUUUUGGUGCUUCUGGCAUAGAGGCUGUAACUGGUAUAAUAAAUUUUCUCGACCCCGAUGCUAAAGGUGUGAUAAAUUUUGAUGAUUUUUGUGAAGGUGUACAACAAAUACAAGAUUUACAAAGCCAAGUACAAUCGUCGUUUAAUGGUGGUAGUGGUUCUUUAAGAAGGGGUUGUAGUGAAGACACUCUGGUUCCAGCAGACUGUAUAGCACAUAUUUCACCAAUAGUGGAGUCAUACAAACAAGAUAGUAGCAAUUCUACUUACGCAGAAUAUGACAUCACAGAUUUACCCUUAAACAGUAGUGAAUAUACCAAUGGUGAUAAUAGUUGGAAAGGUAGACAACUCUUUCCACCCCACUCCGAUGAUGAAGCAGACAGUGCAUUAAGUUAUAAAUCAUCAGAAUUAAAUGAAAACAGUCGGCAUGAGAUAACUGAUGAAGAGAAUUUUGAAGAUUUUGGUGAAAUCGAAUCUGAAGCAGAUGUCUCCGAUCAAGGUCACCUUACCCCAGCAACAGCUCGUAAACAUAUAAAUCAUCGUAAAGGAGAUUUCCGUCAACAUAAGAGAACGUGCCUUCAGCAUCGUCGUUUAUCAUUGGAUCUUCCUAACAGACGUCUUACGUCGGCCGCUUAUGCCAGCCAAUUACAGAGAAGUGCGGUUGGAUCCCCCAGCAGUACCAGAAGUAAUAGUUUUGGUUCGGCAGAUAAAGUUAUUAUCGAGAAUAUUGAUGGCAACUUUCAGGAACUUAAUGAUAGGGUUAAGUUUAUGGAAAGAGAGAUAACAUCAUUACGUGAUAACCAGAAUCAAACAGAUACAAAACAUAUCAGAUUAAAAGAUGAAAAUACAAUACUUAUACAGAAGGUCCACAGUUUAGAAGAACAUAUCCACGAAAUGGAGACGGUAGCAGAACAAAGAUUAAGGGAGGAGCGAACCAAACACCAAGAAUAUGUGACAAAACAUGAAAGAGAAAAAACAGCUGAAGAUGAUUUAAUUGCCCAAAAAUUAAAAGAAUAUGAAACAUUAACAGAUGAAAUAACAAGAUUAAAGUCAUUAUUAGCUAAAGUUAAAGAGGAGAAGAUGUUAUUACAAGAGAAAUAUAUUGAAAAACAAGAAUUAUGUACGAUGAUUCAAGAUGACAACGAUAAAUUAAGAAUUGAAUUACAAAAUCAGGAAGAGUCAUUUAAAAAGGAACGACACUCAACUGGACAAUUGUUAGAUGAAUUAGGCAAAGAAUUAGAAGAAUUACGACGAUUUAAAAUUGAGGCUGAAUUAACGCAGGGUAAUAAUAUGUCGGAAUUACCAGCCAGAUAUCAAGAAUUACAAGCAGAAGUUAAACAUUUAAAAGAGUCACUAUGGGAUGAGUGGAAGGACAUGUUAAAGGAAAACCGUAAUUUAAAAGAUAAUAAUGAAGAAAUGAACGCUCAGUUAUUAAACCAAUGUAUGGAAGAAGGUCGAUCGUUGUUAAAAGAGAGGGAAGGUGUCAGUAUUGCAGAAGAAUUAGAAGACUUGUCAAAAGAUGAGUUAUUGGCAGCUUUACGAGAAGAACAGAAUGAUAACAUUCGUCUAAAAUCUUACGUUGACAGAAUUCUCCUCACGAUAAUGGAGAAAAACCCGUCCUUACUCGAAGUGGCGCAUUAAUUUAUCAUAGACGCUUAAUAUUUAUUAUUACAAAUCAAGAGUGCUGGAUAAUUGUGUGUUGAAGUUUAUCAAGUGAUUACAUGUACUGAUUAAUUACUGAAAAAAAUGUGAUUUUACUGGAUGAGUGUGUCUACUUUGAAUCAAGACUAAAUAGCACAAUGACAUUCCAAUCUAGAUUUUGAUUUCAAUAUUGUGUUGCCACUUCUGUGUCGCCAUCUUGGAAAUGGGAUGCUGGUACAUACAGAAGACCAAAGUAAUUCUGCACCGUCCAUGAUCGAAACCGACACGCAACAAAGAAGUAAUUCACAUAUCUUGAAUAAAAAAAAACAUUGCAACAUUAUAAAUAUCAACCAAUCGGAUUUACUGUACUAUAAUGGAUAUGUGAUAUUAAGGUUGUGUAUGACUGUGUGUGUGUGUGUGUGUGCAUUGCAUGUGCAUGUGAGUUUGAUUAUGAUAACAAAUAUAUAUAUAUAUUAUCAUUUAUGUGUUUUAUAUGAAGAUGUAGAAAUAAGUGAUAUGGAACAUUUUUUAACACCCCCCCUUUAUUGUAAAAUGAACUCAUUCAAAAUAUUCAUGAAUACUUUAUAUUGGUUUAAAUUUUGAAUUUAGGAAGAGUUCACUGUGCAAUGGGUUAUUGUCUCUUAUUUCUACCCUUGAUAUAAAAGUAGUAUAUAACUAGCUUUGUAACUAGUGCUAUAAAUGUUGUCCUUUAUUAAAAAUGUAUCAUGAAAAUAUAUGAAUUUCUAAGAAACAAAAAUACUCAAAAUGUCUAUUUAAUCAGCACCAUGUCAAUCAACUUUCUACUAAUGAAAGGUCGUUCUUGUAUUCCUACGUUCUCGUAAACACUUGGUUAAUUAUUCGCCAUGAAUUGGAGACUGGCAAUUUGAACAGGACUUGGUACUUAAGUCAGUGACUAGGAUUCUAGAUCCUCUGACUUGGUACUGAAGUCAGUGACUAGGAUGCCAGAUCCUCUGACUUGGUACUGAAGUCAGUGAUUUGGGAUUUAACUUGGAUUCUAGAUCCUCUGACUGGGUACCAAAGUCAGUGACUUGGACUCCAGAUCCUCUGACUUGUUCCAACCUCUGAUAAUUUCCAAAAAACACUAGAGAAAAAUGGGUACAAGAAUGUUGAAUUGGUGUCAUGCAUGAUAUUACCCUGUCUCCGAUCUAAAUUUAUGUACAUUUGUAAGGGCUCUGUGAUAAUUUAUUUGUAAAUAUUAAAUAAAAUAUUCAAAAAACAAUAAUGUAAAAUGUUUUGUUUGAUUUUAAUCAGAGAAAAAAAGGAUUUUAAGAAUUUGUACAUUUUUGAUGUGAUCUCAUUUUUGAUCUAGAAUGAACAGCAAAAUAAUAUGUGGGUUAGAAUGAUAUCUGAGCCUUUUUUGGGAGUUAUCUCCCCUUCAGUAGGCUACUUGGGCGACCUUCGGAUGUAGACUGGUUGGGACUACAGUCUGAACUAUUCCGACCGUGUUCUUAUGGUAUGGCUGGUCACGAGCACAGGUUGAACUAUAGUGCGACAAUCCGUGCAACCGAAAGUCGCCCUGACUGCUGUGGCAAUUCCAUUCUUGGAGACCCAUCACCUGGGUACCUGCUAGUGUGACGGCAAAGAUUUAGUAUUUCAGUGAGUUGCUACGUCACUGCCAGAGUAACCAUUUUAUGGAGUGUUGAGAAUGUUGGAUGCUUAAAAAUCAUGUUGUUUCAAUAUAUUAAUGUGCCAAGCAUAUCAUUAUUUAUACUAGUUGAAAUAUUGGAUCCGUGUGACGUAUAUUUCAUUGCUAAGCUCGUGCAAGUGUCUGUAUUUUAAGUUGUUUAAUGAUCUCGAGCUUAAGACAUUGUGUAAUAUGUUGAAACAACAACACAGGACUGACGUCACUCAUGUAAUAUAUUACUAAAUGUCUCGCUCUCGAACAUUAAACCACACUUAAUGAAGCAAUUCCCUGAAGUGUCUAAGAAUUGACUAAGAUGUGUUAGAAGUAGACAAAUCAGAAAUCCUUUUCGAAUAUCAAUGGCAAAUCAGAAAUAUCUUUAAAAUAAUAAUACUGUAUUUCAAAAGGUAUAUUUGACUCUAAGAUAAUUAAUAUCAACAUAUAUAAAUGGAUAUCACUGAAAUUAAAACAAAUAUCAACUAAGUAUAAUUAUUUCACCUAUAUUAUUAUUAUAUAGCUAUGUUGAUAUUAAAACACUUAUAUGGAUAUACUACUUCUGAAUUUUAGUAAUAUUUGCUUGAUAACGAUAUCUGUAUGUGUAUUGAAACGUAGCACGUCAUUAAAAUUCAGAAGUAGUAUAUCUAUACAAGUGUUUUAAUUUUGAUAUCAACAUAGUCUUAAAAUCAAUAUACCUUGUUGAUAUUAUACUGAGGUGAUUUUUAAAUUGUUUUGGAUCUGAUAUUGAAGAUUAGUUGUCAAGUAAUUUUGUAUGAUAUUGAAACCUGACUUGUGAAUAGGCCUACAUUCAGCAAAUAUUAUAUUUAUUCACUUGACAUGAAUGAGUUAUUUUGAUUUUGGGGAAAGCCACGAUAGGAACUUGUGAUUCUACAUGUAUGUGCGGCAUUUGACACACAAAAACAUAAUAUGAAACACAAUUACUAUUUUAAUUAAAUCGAUGUUGUUUGAGGGUUCUCUUGAGGUAUUCAGGCAAACGAUGCUGGAUAUAAUAUACAACGUUGAGAGAACUACAACAAAGUAUCGCUUUAAUUAGAAUAGGAACUUGUGAUUCUACAUGUAUGAGCGUCAUUUGACACACAAAAACAUUAGGCCUAUAUGGAACAUAUUAAUUAAAGCGACAUUUCAUUGAGGUUUCUCUCGACAUUAUCAGGCAAAUGAUGAUGAAUAUAAUAUACAGAAGUUUUAUAUACAACGUUGAGAGAACUUCAACGAAGUGUCACUUUAAUUUGAAUAGUAAUGUGUUCCAUAUUAUCGUGGGUGAAGUGUCAAAAUGGUGUAUCACGGGAAAUUAGUCAAAUACACUUUUUUGCAAUUAAUAUGCACAUUUCUGUCUAAGCUGUGUAUCUCUGCGCCAAUUAGAACUGUUAUGGAUAUCAUGUGUCCAAAUGUUGUAUCUUGAUUUGUGGAAAUUUUGAAAUGCAAAAGGUUCUAUUUCUUAAUCUUUAGAAAUUCUUAGAUACACUUUUGUGACACUCCACUAACGAAAUGUUUUUGAGUUUAGUAUGUUGAUUGCUUCUUUGUUUUUCUUUUCGUCAACCACUUUAAAGGUUUUAGACAGAGAUUUAUGAUGCUCUAUUUUAUAUGGGUGGAAUGUUCUCUAUAAUACGCUAACCUUGGGCUCUUGUUACAAUAUUGUUACUGUAACAAGAAGUCGCUGUAACAGAUGGUUUCAUUGACUAAUUCCUCAUGCUGUCCAGAAUGCCGGUAAUAUAACAACUCUUCCAGACCCUAGUGUUGUACAGAUAAAUAAAACAAAAUUUUGAACUAUAAAAAACGAAACGAAAUAGGAUCUGUUUUUUUAAUCAGGUUGUACCUGGGUAGCAAAAGAGCAUAUUAAAAUACGACCAUUUAUAUGGAAUAAAAUUACUGAUUGUUAUAUAUAUAUGGUGGGACAUUUAAACAUGAAUUCCAUUUUUGUUUUCAAACAAUAUCUAUAACAAAUGAGUAAUUCAAUUUUAUUCCAUUUAAUUUGUCAUUGUGUUUUUUUUUGUUUUAUUUUGAAUGAAAUGAAAUUGGGUUUAAACUGUUUAACGUCCUACUUUUCUUCACGGAUUGUUUUUUUUGAAUGAACAGGCUAUUGAAAUGAGAUGAAAUGGGGUUUAAGGUCUAACUUUUCUGGAUUGAGCAGGUUAUUGAAAAUGAAUAGGGGGGUUGGAUGGCCGUAUGGUUAGCACGUGCACGCUGUAUCAUAAGGCUUGUCAUUGAGUCAACUGGGGUGGUUUCGAGUCCCUGGUUGUACGUGACAAGGAGUAGGGUCGCCUGUCCAACCUCAUGGGUUUUUUCGGGUCCUCCUGUUUCCUCCCACUGCUAAAGACUCCUACGCGCAAGAGAAUUAUUGAAAUAAAAUUAAACCAUGUUUGUCCCAAAAUGACCUAGUUUGUGUUGAGUGGACGUUAAACCCCAUUUCUCUCUCUCUCUUUCUGAAAGUGAAUAUCUUUUGUAAAUUAUUUGUAUAUUGUUGUAGAAUAUAUAAUAUUUAUCUGCUUUCGAUGUUGUAUUUUUUUAUGUUUUUUUUUGUAAAAUAGUGAUUUUUUUUCAAUUUAAAUUAUUGAUGCAAUGUUUUAAAAUAUUUGAGAUUUUAUUUUUCAAGAAUAAAAUUGAAAAAAAAUCUCAGUAAAAAAGGACAAAUUAUUUUUAUGAAAAUAUCGUAUGUUUGUUGAAAAGUCUUUUGUGUUUCCAAGAAAUUAAAAAAAUGAAUAAUAUAUGCUCAAAAUUGGAAUGAAUUUCUUAAUUUUGUCCUAAAAUAUUCCAUGAGAACUCCAUUCCAGAUUUGACGAAAGUCCAUAACAUUUGAACAUUCCAUCAUUUUUAUGCAUCUUUAUAAACUAUAAGGAGUUAUCUUUUCUUUGAUCAUCAUCACAAAUCAGUGAAUUAUGUAAGUCAGUUUUACUGAUGAAUGAAGAUGAUUAUAUGUUGUGAAGAUUUGUUAAAAGAAACUUUGUGCCUAUGUAAAAGAUUUCACCGUCCGCUAAACAUUAUUAUUUAAAAAAAAUACUGUACAGAAAAGAUUUUUAUAAAGUGUUAAAAUAAUAAUUUUUAAAAUGAAAUUUUUUGUACAAAUAAUUCUUAUUUUAGAUUAUUUUAAUAUUGGUGUGUUUGUUUAGUUUAUCUCAGAAAUAUUUGACCACAUAAUAUUUGAACAGUAGAGAGUGUGGUUGGGAGGAGGGUGGGGAGAGAUUAUAUUAUGGAUCAAUUUAAAGCCGUAUUAAAGUUACAAUUUCAUAUUUUCUAAAAAAGUCAAAACAUAAUUAUUUCUAUGGCUUUUACUCAAUAGGUUGUCAACUCACUAUUAUACGAUCAUAGGUGUCAUUCUCACACUUAAAACUCAUUUACACCGGAAAUAAUAACACAAUUACCUCCCUUGUUUUCUAUUCUCCACCAUGGAGUAGCUAUCUUCAAACGUUGGAAUUUGAAGAUGAAAAUGAUAUUUUUGCCAAUUUCUCAACUGGCAAUAGUGAAUUAUAGGUUUAAUAGGAUUAUUCUUUAACAAGGUAGGACUGUUUAUAGAUACCGUCUAUUUUAAGGCUUUAUUUUAAUAAAUUUUAAAAAUAUAACUUAAAAAUAUGAAAUUGCAACUUUAAUCAUUAGUCUGGAAAUAUUUUUUUCCGUUCUUAUCUUUUCCAUUGUCAGUUGUUAUAUCAGCACACAAGUAACCUAGUAUAUUCCUGAAGCAAUGGUUAAUAAGCAUUAUCAGCUGAUAAUCUUUAUAACCAUUGCUUUGUGAACAUGGUAAAACUGUGUGCUUACAGUAAUUUAAUAAAAUAUGGGGAAAUAUUUUAAUUUAAAAUUAGAAUUAAAAAUAAACUGGGGCGGAUCCAGUUGUACAUUGGGGAACAAUUUUUUUCCCCAAACUCAUGUUGCUAAACGAAUUAAGUCUGAUUAGGUUGGAAAUCGUUAUUUUGCUCCGAAACGGUUGGUAACUGGUGACUUGGUUGAUUGCCCGUCGGUCCGCUCACCGAGGGCUGGGCUUCGCAUUCCUAAGUUGGGGCAGGACGCCCCCCCCCCCCCUUUCUAAAAAUUUUGCAUCUGCCCCUGACAAAUAUACCAUUUAAACGUAACACAUUAAUAUAAACACAACAAUUCUAUGUAAAACUUUUACUGUAUUUUUAUUUUCAAUCGGAGCUACAUUUCUAUGAUAAUCUCUUGUCGUUUUCAAGCACAAUAGAACUCUUGUGUUGAAUUUAAUCUUGACAAAUGUUAGCAUUAUUUAUGCAUUGAGUAAAAAAAAAGUUUGAAUGGAGUGAAUUAGAUAUUGUUUAAAUCUCAAUUAAUGAUAAACUUGUCCUGAAUUGUGUACAAAUUAUCUUGUUAAACAACACGUUACAUAUAUACAUUAUAUAUAUAUAUGUAGUAGGAAAUAAAAAACCUAUUUAUAUACUA